AUGGCUCAAGCAGUGACUUCGAUGGCUGGUUUACGUGGCGCAUCUCAGGCCAUUCUUGAAGGAAGUCUUCAGAUCAACGGCUCAAACCGUUUGAACAUCUCAAGAGUCACGGUUGGGUCUCAGAGAACCGGACUUGUGAUCAGGGCUCAGCAGACCGAGUCGGUUCCGGAGAGUAGCCGUCGGUCAGUGAUUGGGCUCGUAGCUGCUGGUUUAGCCAGUGGUUCGUUUGCUAAGGCUGUCUUCGCCGCCGAAGCUAUUCCGAUCAAAGUUGGUCCUCCUCCACCUCCCUCCGGUGGUCUCCCCGGAACAGAGAACUCAGACCAAGCAAGAGACUUUUCAUUGGCAUUAAAAGACAGGUUUUACUUGCAGCCAUUGACACCAACAGAAGCUGCAGCUAGAGCUAAAGAAUCUGCAAAAGAGAUCAUAAACGUUAAGUCAUUGAUCGACAAAAAAGCUUGGCCUUACGUUCAGAACGAUCUCCGUUUAAGAGCAUCGUACCUCCGUUACGAUCUUAACACCGUUAUUUCCGCUAAGCCUAAGGAAGAUAAACAGAGCCUUAAAGAACUCACCACCAAGCUCUUCCAAACCAUCGACAACCUGGACUAUGCGGCGAGGUCAAAGAGCAGCCCGGAUGCUGAGAAGUAUUACUCAGAGACAGUCUCGAGUUUGAACAAUGUUCUUGCCAAGAUCGGUUAA